CCGUGGGUCGCUCCUGAGUUUAGAGAGUCGAAAGUCCAGUGUCGAGUGGUGUCCAGUGUACAGCGUCCAGUGUCUAGUGUGUCGUCCAGUCCGCAGUCCACAAUUCACAUCUUCCGACGCCGCGUACUCUGUAGACUCGUCGUGUUUUGCUCUCGCUUACUGUUCUGUCCCUCCAUCUCCUUUUUCUCCUUCUCUCUUUCCUCUUGGCCUUCAACUCCGCCUUGUCUCCUCUCUCUCUCUCCCCCCCUCCCUCUCUCCCUCCACUCCGUCCACUCGACUCGUCGUGUCGCAUCACCAAGGCCCCCUCGACGCAGCCUGUGUCUAUCUACCUCUGCUCGAAGCCGUCCGCCAAGUGUAGUCAUUACCGCCCACUCACUGCGCGCGCCGUUGUAUUUCUUUACUCCCGGGCAUACCACGCGACAGUAGACGACUGAGUACCUCGACGAGCACCGACGACGCCCACCAAACCUCAAUAACUCUGAACGCACCCCCCAGCGACGACGAAGCCCCCUUCUUCAUCGACGACUUGCAGCCUUGACACGUUCCAUCGAACCCGAGACCGAUCAGAACCGAACCGAACCCGACUGAAUUGGUCUUGAACACACCUUGUACUGCGCUCGCUGUGCAGACCGUCUUGAGGAACCCUUGAUACCUUCCUUCACCUACUUCUCGCAAGCAAGCAAGCAUUAUAUACAUCACGACGCUGCGAGACGACCCCCAUCCUACAUCAUGGCCGACGUCAAGCCUCCUAGCGGCAAGCUGCCAUACGGCACCCCUGAGGGCGGAUGGAAAGCGGUGCACACAUGGAGAACCCCGGACUGGGUAGAGCCCAUCCUUAUUGUUUCCAUCAUGUUGAUCGGCCUGUAUGUCAGCCGCCGCAAGAACUACUCGAUCCUUCGCCGCGGCAAUGCCACAUACGAACCUCUCUUUGAGGAGCGCGGAGACUCUCCCCGCAUCUCGGACGACUCGUACGAACCCAUCCGCACCGAUGCCUACCCGCCCAAAUACCGCACCAUCUUUGGCUGCUUCCGCGUCAAGACGCCCAACUCGAGCCGUUUUGCGAGGCACGUCCACUCGAGGAUCCUGCAAAAGUUCCCCUUCCUCAUCGAAAUGUUCUACUGGGCCAUCUCCUUCUUCUUCUACCGCAUGACCGCCACCCUGGCCCAGAGCUUCUACGGCAGCCGGAAGGCCGUCUGGGACGUCGCCCAGGAACACGGCCUGUUCCUGCUCGAGACCGAGGCCAAGUUCUUUGGCGAGGGCACCAGGACUGGCCCUGAGCGCUGGGUUGAAUGGCGCGUCUCCCACUGGUUCCUCGAGGGCGCCCAGGUUGGCGACUUCCGUGGCAUCUGGCUGACAGUUCUGAACCGCGGCUACUCCCUCAUCCACAUCCCGGGCACCGUCGGCUUCAUCGCAUACUACUAUACCAUGGCGCCCACCCACGCUCGUUUCUGUACCGUGCGCCGCACCAUGACCCUGCUGAACAUGUGUGCCUUCCUCAUUUUCAUUUUCUACCCCUGUGCGCCCCCGCGCCUGAUGCCCUCAGAGUAUGGCUUCGUCGACACGGUCAACCUCGAGAACGCCGAGAGCGUCUGGAUGAGCGGCAAGUUUGUCAACAAGCUGGCCGCCAUGCCGAGCAUGCACUUUGGCUACGCCUUCGCCAUUGGCUGCGUCUUCGUUGCUGACUCGGCCAUCCUCAACCUUUUGUUUGGUCGCUUGCGCAACUACCUGCUCAAGGAUGACUUGGACAAGUCGCUUGAUAUCGACGACGUUGAGCUCAAGGAGAUCCAGGAGAACCGCAAGCGCUGGAAGAGCUGGUUCAUGUUCGCGUUUGGCAUCUUCUACCCGAGCUGGAUCCUCUUGACCAUUGUCGGGACGGCCAACCACUAUCUCCUGGACGCCUUCGUCGCCACCUUUUGCGCGUUGAUGGCAUACCUCUGCAACCGCGCCCUGCUGGUGUUCCUGCCCGCCGAGGAUAUGCUGCUCUGGGCUUGGAGGCUCGAGAAGCCCGUACCGACGACCGGCCGCAUGAAAAACAUUGCCGUGCGGUAGAAAGAAUAUUGUUGUACGGUAGAUGUCGGAGCGACGAGGAACAAUAUGUGUCAGACCAUGUUGAAAUAAAAAGAGUUUCCCUCUCUAGCUUAUGUGGUUCUUGUUUUCCAAAGCAUGGUAGAGGCGUUGGGAAAGGAUAACGAUGGCCUCUCUAAUCUCUGCACCAGAGGCCGAAAUUGUGUGCGACGAUAGCCCUCUUAAUAAGAAAUCUUUGCAGUUCGAUGGAUAAGCUUCCAAUGCAUGCUCCGCCUCGGCCGUGCCGUAUU